GUACCUGAAAUGCUCAAAAAAUAAAACAGAUAAAAUGUGGUACACAGCUUUAAAUGGGGUAAAAUUGAUAUAAAUUGCUUAAAUGAGGUAAUCCCUGUCAAAAAUGACAAAAGAUGGGACAAAAAAAUAGAUUCCUUUUGUUCCAUACGCCUCCCAGGCUCCCAGCUGGGAGCCAGGUUCCAUUACGUCAUCUUGGGCGAAGUUAUUGUUGCUUCUUACUUGGCAUAUAUGCAGCAAACUAUCCUCGUGAAGACUUGGUAAAAGAACUAGCUUCUAGUAGAGCCACUGAACAGCACCUCAGUUGUCGAGUUGCCAAAUGUGUUUAUCUCCUAUGCUUCUAAAAAACUAUGCCUAGACAGUCACAAGAAACUCUCCAACGAAUCAAAUGCAAGUACAAUGCCUGAUCAUAAAAUACAAGCACAAUGCCAGACCCUAACUAUUCUUCUUGCUGUGCAAACCCCAACAAGAAACCCCAACAAGAACCGACUCAAUUUUUUAGAAGAUCCAAGAACGAGAUUAGUCGCUGGAGCAACAAGAAUUAUACCUUCUUCGUGGCUCUUGGUGCGUGUCUCCACACUUAGCAUCUCACUAUAAAUUCUGCUGGUCACUCAUUCGGAUGAUAUAACAACCACACAGCAUCGACAGCUACUAACCUGGAAUCACCGGGGCGUGAAUCUCAGUUAUUUAGGUCAAUGGCGUGUCCACCGCACGCGAUCGUCAUCCCCUACCCGGCACAGGGCCACGUCAUCCCGCUCAUGGAGGUCGCGCACGCGCUGGCCGACAGGGGCUUCAACGUCACCUUCGUCAACACCGAGUUCAACCACGCCCGUGUCGUCGCCUCCAUGUCGAACGGCGCCGGCAGCGGCCUGGGCCGGAUCCGGCUCGUGGCGGUGCCGGAUGGCAUGGCCCCCGGGGAGGACCGGAACCAGCUGGUGAAGUUGACCAUACUCAUGGCGGAGUUCAUGGCGCCGCGGGUGGAGGAGCUCAUUCUCCGGAGCGGCGAGGCGGCGGUGCUGGACGGCGUGUGCCCGGGCAAGAUCACCUGCAUGGUCACGGACUACAACGUCGGGUAUUGGGCGGUGGACAUUGCUCGGAGGACCGGGAUCCGGGUGGGGGCCGUUUGGCCGGCGUCAGCCGCCGUCAUGGUCACCUUGCUGAGCUUUCCUAAGCUGAUUGAGGACAACAUCAUCGAUGCGGAAGAUGGGUCUACAGUGGGUGAAGGAACAUUCCAGCUGAGCCCCGACAUGCCUCUCAUGCACAGCGCCCACCUCGCAUGGAACUGCAUCGGCGACCACGACCAGCAGGCGACCCUCUACCGGCUCCUUUGUGACGGCGUCCGCGCAAUGGAGCAGUGCGACUUCGUCAUCUGCAACUCCUUCCAGGACGCGGAGCCGGCAUCUUUCAAACUCUUCCCCAACGUCCUCCCCGUUGGCCCGCUCCUCACCGGCGAGCGCAGCGGCAAGGCCGUCGGCCACUUCUGGCAGCCGGAGGACGACGAGUGCAUGUCCUGGCUCGACGCGCAGCCAGAGAGAUCCGUAGUGUACGUGGCCUUCGGCAGCUUCACCAUGUUUAACCGGCGCCAGUUCGAGGAGCUCGCGUUGGGGCUGGAGCUCUCCGGCAGGCCAUUCCUGUGGGUCGUGCGCCCGGACAUUGGGCACGGCGCAGUGCACGACUACCCGGAAGGCUACCUGGACCGGGUGUGCGGCCCCGGUGGCCAGGGCAAGCUCGUCUCCUGGUCGCCGCAGCAGCGCGUGCUGGCGCACCCCGCGGUGGCGUGCUUUGUGUCGCACUGCGGGUGGAACUCCACCAUGGAGGGCGUUCGGAACGGCGUGCCGUUCCUCGCCUGGCCCUACUUCGCCGACCAGUUCGUCAACCAGGUGUACAUCUCCGAUGUGUGGAAGGUCGGCCUCAAGGCCGUCGCCAACGAGUCGGGAGUCAUAACCAAGGAGCACAUCGCCGGCAGGGUGGAGGAGCUGAUGGGGGACCCCGGCAUGAGGGAGAGGGUGGAGGCCAUGAAGAAGGGCGCACACGAGAGCAUUCAGGAAGGUGGCUCCUCGCAUGGAAACUUCGAUGCUUUUGCGGAGGCCAUGAAGAAUGCGGCGCCUGAGAGUGUUCAGGACGGGGGCUCCUCACAUGGAAACUUCCACUCUCUUGCGGAGGGUAUGAAGGCAUGAUCAUCUGGUGCUCGAUUGUACGUGUGGUAGUGUGUGCAAUUUUGCAUUCCCAAACAGAAUAAAAAGUUCGACCAUAACCAUUAGCCUCUAUAUUUGCUGCUUUUCUGUUCCGUCCCGAAUUACUUUGUCGCAGAAAUGGAUCUGGAUGGAUGGAAUAUAAGACGUUUUUCGACACUGUCAGACUCUAAACACAUCUUAGAAAAAGUUACAGAGAUAAUACCUGAGAAUUUUGGGUGCGUCCGUAGAUAACAUGAUGAGGAGCAGCAGUGUAGCCCCAAGGCCAAGACAGGGAGGCCGCGACGAGGCCUUGUCAGGAACUAAACGGAGGCAGGAUGUCAGCCACUUCCUAUUCUACGCUUAAAGCACUGUAACGGUACACAGCGCACACACCACCUGACCGCUUGCGUAGUGAGCCGGCCCAUGUGGAAUCUUUUUCCGCUGGUUUUUGGAAGGUUCCCCCAGUUUUUUGGUGCGGUUUUUUCUGUGGUUUAUUUUAGAACAGCUUUUAUUCUAUUUUUUUCUUUUUCUUCUUUUUUCUUCUCUUAAUUUGUGAUUUUUUUUCAAAUUCAUGAUAUAUUCAUAAAUUCAUGAACUUCUUUUACAUCCUAAAAUUAAUUUUAAAUUCAUGAAACUUUUAAAAUACACAAAUCCUUUCCAAAUCUGUGAAUAUUUUUGAAAUCCACAAACUUUUUUUCAAAAUGAAUGAACUUUUUAAGUCCGCAACUCUUUUCCAAAUCCGUGGUUUUUUCCAGUAGUGAACUACUAAAACAGUAAAGAUACGACAAACUACCCAUGUUGAAAUCAAUGUGAAGUGGCAGUCAUUAAAUAAGCAGAUUUAUUCUCGAUCAAGAUUGCUUUUCACAAGAACUUGCCAGGAAGGGGAAGGAAGGAGGGGAGGGCAUACCUUGG